AUGUCCAAGCGUCAACACUCGCACCUCGACGGCGACCUCACCGGGAAAAGGCCGCGGCGUGCGCCGAAGAAGCACCUCUACCUAGUGCUGGAUGAUUGGGACACGGGCUUCAGCAUCUACAAGGUUGAUGCCGACACUUUGCAAGAUACUACCUGCACCAGCGACGUGCAGUUUGGGUUCCCUGACCCUCCCGCCCUCCGGUUUCCCGUGCCAGUACGCCAUCUUGGCAUGAGCUUCACGGCCUUUGGUCACAGCAUCUUCAUCGCCACCAACCCACACUGUCCACAGACUCCCAUCCUCGUAUAUGACACCGAGAUAGCGGGAAUCACCAUCGGGCCAAGCCUACCACGUUCACUGCUUGGUGGCAUUGACAUCUCUGUGGCCACCGGUGAUAAGUUGUAUGCAUUGACAUCUCACCAUGACGGCGAGCAGCACUCUUUUGAGGCCAUGUCAUGGGCAGCCACGGGGAGCGAUGAGCUUGAGGAUCCACGGCCAGCCAUGGAUUGGUCCUGGAAAAGGGUGCCAUCGCCACCGCCAUUUGCCAUGGAUGAUAUAAUUUCCUCUUACGUGCUGCACCCGGACGGGCACACCAUAUUCAUGUCUGCACACGACAGUCUUUAUCAACAUGUUCCAAAGGGUACCUUCUCAUUUGACACCAAGCGUUCUGAGUGGAGGUGGCAUGGGGAAUGGGCUCUGCCUUUCCAAGGGCAAGGCUACUACGACAGCGAGCUAGGCGCAUGGAUUGGGCUCCGUAAAGACGGGUACAUUUGUGCCUGUGAAGUCGCCUCCCGCAGCCGCGAAAGUGCUGUGCAGCCAUAUUGUAAGAUUGCGAAGGAGAAGUUGUUCCUCAAAGUCCCGGAGCGGCGGCUGGCAGCAACAAGGGCCAAUCUCGCGUACAUGGGCAACAGCAACUUUUGCCUUGUCAAGUGUGUGCAGCGCGAGGGAGUGGAGCCUACAUGCAUCGUCGAUUGUUGCGUGCUCCAUAUGAGCACGUUUGGGCUUAAGUAUGAUCACAGGGGAGAGCUGCAAACCACGCGCCACUGCUCUACCUCUUGUGUAGUGUCUAAGCAUAUCCUGUCCUUUUCUCCUGUAGUGUUCUGGAUGUAA